GCCCCAAUGGCCCCUCGACCAUGACGCUCAACACCAGCAACGACAUCGAGAUGAACCAACUCAGCGGAGCUCUCAGCCCGGCAGAAACAAGCAGCUUCUCAACCCGCGGUGGGUUCAACCCCUCCGAGGCUGACACACGGUUCAGCUCCAGCCGCACCGGGCCCCCCUAAUAACAGCCGGCAUCGCGCCAACAACAGCAGCAGCGGCAUACAAGCCCGCUUCCACGACUUGAUCGACACCUUUCGGCGCCAGGACGGCACCGGCACCGGCACCAGCGCCUCGCGCUUCCCAUAUUACCACGUCACCCACACCUACGCCGACCCGGCCUCCAACCAUGACGACAGGUUCGCAGGCAGCAGCAACGUGCUCCCGGGGCGGGGUAAACACGCAUGCACAACCACCACCGCGGCGGGGAGCGGUACCCUGUGACUACGACGAGCGCUCCGCGCCGGCCAACCGCAAGACGGCGGCGGCGGCGAGCACGCUACUGGCGCGCGAGCUCAAGGGCCGGCACCUGCAGAUAAUUGCCAUCAGUGGGUCGGUCGGGACGGGGGCUGUUCGUGGCGUCGGGCAAGGCGCUGAGCUAGGGCGGGCCGCCGGCGUCGGUGCUGCUGGCGUAUCUGAGGGUCGGGGUCGUGCUGUGGUGUACGGUGCAGGCGCUCGGGGAGAUGGCGGUGGUGUUUCCGGUGGCGGGGUCGUUUUCGGCGUUUUUGACGAGGUUUGUGGAUCCCGGUCGGGGGUUUGCUAUGGGGUGGAAGUAGCUAUGCCCUGCAAUGGAUCGUUGUUCUCCGGUUGGAAUAUACCUAGGUGGCGUGGUUGGGACUUGGGACUGCCGAAUUCUGGUUGCCCUAUUCUGUGUACCUACAUGUACGAGGUACAUGUAGGUAACAACUGUGCUUUUCGGAGCAACCGUACUUGUCAAAUCUGUCAGAUGUUCUGAUAUUACCGUAACCCACUAAAACUCCGAACGGGAGUUGCCCUCCUCACAGCCCCGCUGGGGUCGUGUUGC